AUGGAAGAAGAUACGACGGAAUCUGAAUCCGUGGCGUUAAUGGUGGCUGCUUCGCCAACGACUCCGAAGACGGUGGUGGUGAAGGAAGAGGACGCUCAUCAUCCUUACGCGUUUCACGUCUCCGGACCUCGUAACGUAGCUUCUCCUAACUGGAGAGAUCUCAUCAAUUCCAGUUGGAAGGAUCCAAACUACAAGAGAACAGUAAUGGCAUGCUUUAUCCAAGCAGCUUACUUGCUCGAACUCGACAGACAAGAAAGCAGAAACGAGCAAAACGCUCUCGCUCCCAAAUGGUGGAUUCCUUUCAAGUACAAGCUAUCGCAGACCCUGAUCGACGAGAGAGACGGAUCAAUCUUCGGCGCCAUUCUUGAAUGGGACAGAGCAGCUGCGAUGGCUGAUUUAGUCGUCAUCAGACCGAGCGGUGCACCAAAAGCAGUGCUUGCGCUGCGAGGAACGAUACUAAAGAGUCUAACGAUGAGACGUGACAUUGAAGACGAUCUCCGGUUUCUAGCGUGGGAGAGUCUUAAAGGCUCUGUGAGGUUUAACGUGGCUCUUGAGGCGCUUCAGUCAGUAGCGAAGAGGUAUGGAAGCAGUAACGUCUGUGUUGUUGGGCAUUCGUUAGGAGCUGGCUUUGCUUUACAAGUUGGUAAAGCAUUGGCUAAAGAAGGUCUGUUUGUGGAUGCUCAUUUGUUCAAUCCUCCUUCGAUAUCUCUCGCUAUGAGUUUGAGAAACAUUGGCGAAAAAGCCGGUUUCGCUUGGAGAAGACUCAUGUCGAUGGCAUAUGGCAACGAAGGAGAGAUUGCUCCUCCUCCUACUGCUGCUGCUGCUAAUGUUUCUUCGUCAGGGUUUAGGAGUUGGGUGCCGAGUUUCUACGGGCAGAAUAAUCAGAAACCUUCUGUGGAUUUGAGGAAAUGGGUGCCUCAUUUGUAUGUGAACGAUAGUGACUAUAUCUGUUGCCACUACACUGACCAGGAUGGAGUGACUGAGAAGAGAGAUGUGAGUAACAAGGAGAACAAUAGUCCUCUAGCGGCGAAGCUAUUCGUUAUGUCGAAAGGGAAACAGAAGUUUCAAGAGGCGCACGGGUUGGAACAAUGGUGGUCUGAUAAUUUAGAGCUUCAAUCAGCUAUUCACAGCAGCAGGUUGAUCAGUCAGCAACUCAAGUCCUUAUACAGUAUCAAACAAUAA